AUGGAGCAAUUUCGUCACAUUGGGGAGGUACUAGGGAGCAUGAAAACUCUAAUGGUUUUCAGAGACAAUAUCCAAAUCAACCAGCGGCAGUGCUGUCUGUUGCUUGAUAUCUUCAGCUUCGCUUUCGAAUCAAUAGCAGAUGAGAUGAGACAGAACCUGAGGUUUGAAGAAAAGAACCUGAAAUGGAAAGUUCUUGAGCAGCCUCUGAGAGAACUCCACAAAAUAUUCAAAGAAGGAGAAGCAUAUAUUAGACAGUGCUUGGAAACCAAGGAUUGGUGGGCUAAAGCCAUUACCCUCUAUCAGAACACUGACUGCAUUGAAUUUCACAUCCACAACUUGCUUUGUAGCAUUCCCAUUGUCAUCGAAGCGAUUGAGACUGCAGGAGAGUUUUCUGGGUGGGAUCAGGGUGAUGUUCAAAAGAAGAGAUUCGUGUAUCUUAGCAAGUAUAGAACAGAAUAUAAAGAUUCUAAACUUUUCCAGUGGAAAUUUGGAAAACAGUACCUCGUGACUCAGGAUUUUUGUGAUCGAUUUGACACAGUUUGGAAGGAAGACAGAUGGAUACUUCUAAACAAGCUCCAGGAAAAGAAAACAUCGUGUUCGAGCACGUAUGAUAAACAACUCAAUGUUCUUCUUUCCACGAACUUAAAUGGGUCAGAGCCUCUAAAUGGAAGACUCUUGCCAAGUUCAAUCCUUUUGAGGUCUAGGGACUACCUGGUGAGGAGACGAUUAGGGGGUGGGAGUCAAUACAAGGUGAUCCAAUGGUUGGGAGAAAGCUUUGCCAUAAGGCAUUUUUUCGGAGAUAUUGAACCUCUUGUUCCAGAGAUUUCAAACCUAUUAUCUCUUUCCCACCCAAAUAUAAUGCACUUUCUUUGUGGGUUCACUGAUGAGGAAAAGAAAGAGUGUUAUCUGCUUAUGGAACUCAUGAACAAAGACCUCUCCAGCUACAUCAAAGAGGUUUCUGGCCCAAGGAAACGGAAUCCAUUCUCACUUUCAGCUGCAGUCGAUCUUAUGCUUCAAAUUGCAAGAGGAAUGGAAUAUCUGCAUUCCAAGAAAAUCUACCAUGGAGAUUUGAAUCCUUGCAAGAUUCUUGUCAAAGCAAGAGGCAGCAGCUCAACAGAAGGUAACUGUCAUGCAAAAGUUUCAGGGUUUGGACUAUCCUCCGUUCGAAAUGUCAGCCAAAAAAGCUCUUCAAAUCAGAAUGGAACCCUCCCAUUCAUUUGGUAUGCCCCAGAAGUUCUGGAAGAGCAAGAACAGAAUGGAAGUGCAGAGAAUACCAAGUACACAGAAAAGUCUGAUGUGUACAGUUUUGGAAUGGUCUGCUUUGAACUUUUAACUGGGAAAGUUCCUUUCGAGGAUAGCCAUCUUCAAGGAGACAAAAUGAGUAGGAACAUUAGGGCAGGAGAGAGACCUCUUUUCCCAUACUACUCACCAAAAUACUUGACCAAUUUGACAAAGAGAUGUUGGCAUUCCGAUCCAAACCAACGGCUAAGUUUCUCAUCCAUCUGUAGGAUUCUUCGUUAUGUAAAACGGUUCCUUGCACUGAAUCCUGAUUACAGUAGCCAGCAAGAUCCACCAACACCAAUGGUAGAUUACAUUGACAUCGAGUCUGGACUCUUGAGGAAGCUCUCUUCAAUGGGGUGCCCUGAUCCAUUGCCAACAUCACAAGUCCCAUUUCAGAUGUUUGUUUACAGAGUUGAGGAGAAAGAGAAAACAAACACAAACCUAAAAGAAAAUUCGGAAUCAGGAAGUGAUGGAGCUUCAGCUUGUGGAGAUGAAUAUAUGCUAAUGAUGGACGACCAAAUCUUCUCACCUGCAAAUGAAAGGAAGUCUUUAGCUUCACCUGAAAGGAUGAACAAGAGAAACUCGUUGCCAAACAGAUCUCCAGAUUUUAAAGUAAAUAGACAACAAGGAACACCAAAAGGACGAGUAAGACCUCCACAAAUAACCCCUUGUGGGCGUAGUAUGAGAAUGAGUUCAGAAAGCCAGCUAAUAUUGAUGAGUCCAGUGUCGGGUAAAAGAAUACCCAGAUCACCUUCUGGUCAUGCCUCAGAUUCCGAACUCUCCUAG